ACAGAAAUCAUGGGACAGCCAAACUCAGCGGGCAUUUACCAAAUGAAAUUGGAAGCGCAUGCAAGCUUUAUCAACUGCGAGCAUCUAUGUAGGCAAGUUUGUCCCAUGAUAAGGGAACUCGCCUUACUAAUGGUUUUGUACAUUCUGGUCCCCUACACUCGAAGUAGAAUGGACUGGUGCCAGUACUUUCGGUUACUCGAAGUUGAUCACUUACGCCCAGAAUGUAAUGGUAUCUAUAGAAAACGCGUGGUUAAGCAGAUUGUCCAUCCCUCGGUUGGCUUACCACCUCUGCCACGAGAUUUACUACCAGGGUUCCACCGUUUCAAGCAACAUCGAGACUCCGUCGCAGAACUUACGAGGAGGACGCUUGGUUUACGCAAUUGUUCUGGAUCUGUGUCGAAUUGUCGUGAAUCACGGCUAUGCCACAAGGGUCUCAUGUGCUAUGCAUCUCCUGGCUACUGCUGCUUAGAUCUUCAGAGGAUAACAUCGGCGGAUGACUGCAUCUCCGACUUGAACGAUCUCCAGUGCAAUAAUUAUCCUCAUCCUUCUGCCUUAUGUUUGGGAGAUUACCAGUGCAGUCAUACGCUUAGGGGAAAGUGCUGCCCAUCUAUCUGUGGACACAGUGUAUGUAUAUAAAGAUGGAAUACAUGAUAGUCGUUGCCUUUGGUCAUGAUCC